CGUUAAUGCUGCUGAACGAGUACUAGUGUUUGCUUUACGAAGCAGGAAGAAAUAGCGUUUGUUCAGAAGGAAAGUUAAAACAGUAGGAUUUUGUAUCACCACUCAACAGGACAAGUGAAGCAGUCACAAUAGCCAGCAUCACAGACUUGAAGGUGCCCAAAUGGAGAACUGCUGUGGAUUGGUAACUCUAAAGAAUGCCCCAGUGCCUCUGAAGGGCAUUGCUGUGGAGGUGAGUGUGCAGGGGCAUGUGGCCACUGUGAGCUCCAUUCUGCAGUAUGAGAACCAGGAGGAGAGCCCUCUGGAGGCCGUCUUUGUUUUCCCUUUACCAGGAGAGGCUGCUGUCUGUAGGUUCAGCGCCAAGAUUGGACAGACUGAGGUGGUGGGUGAAGUUCAGGAGAAACAGAAGGCGCAAGAGCAGUAUGAUGAUGCACUGAGCUCAGGCCAGCAGGCCUUCCUAUUGGAGGAAAGUAGUGAGAGCCCAGAUGUGUUUAAGCUGAGUGUGGGCAGUCUGCCCCCAGGGGAGAAGGCCUCCAUUAGCCUGGACUAUGUGACGGAGCUGGCUGUGCAGGCCGAUGAUGGACUGAGGCUCUGCCUGCCUGCUGUCCUCAACCCCCGCUACAAACCCCAGGGGCCAGACAGUGCUGCUGGUACCCAGGUGUCCUCUGUGCCUGCUGGCUCUGUACCAUACAGUCUGUCCCUCAGGGCCCACGUGACCUCCCCCCACCCCAUCUCUAAAGUUGAGUCCAACUGUCCCUUGGAACCACUCAACUACCUGAACACAGAGAAAACUCAAGCCACGGUCAGCCUGGCUGCAGGUCAUAAGUUUGACCGGGACGUUGAGCUGUUGGUGUAUUACCAAGAUGCCCAUAAGCCUACCGCUAUAGUAGAGGCACCACAGACUUCUGCCAAGCCAGGCACUUUGAUGGGUGACCCAGUGGUUAUGCUGAGUCUCUACCCAGAGUUCCCCAAGGAUGUGAUGUCAUCGAUGACCUCCCGUGGUGAAUUUCUUUUUGUGGUGGAUCGCUCUGGCAGCAUGGAUUGCCCCAUUCACUCAGGGCCUGGCGCACAGGACCGCAUUGGCAGUGCCAGGGACACUCUGCUGCUCUUGCUGAAAAGCUUGCCCAUGGGAUGCUAUUUCAACAUCAUUGGCUUUGGCUCCAGUCAUGAGAUGUUCUUUCCUAAGAGUGUGGAGUACAACCAGAAAACAAUGGAUGAGGCUCUGCAGAAGGUGAAGGGAAUGAGUGCUGACCUGGGAGGUACAGAGAUUCUCCAGCCUUUAAAACACAUCUACAGCCAGCCCUGCCUUCCUGACCACCCGAGACAGAUCUUCUUGUUCACUGAUGGUGAGGUCUGGAACACCAAGGAGGUCCUGGAUCUGGUGAAGAUGAACUCCGGCUCUCACAGGCUGUUCUCCUUUGGAAUUGGGGAGGGGGCCAGCUCUGCACUCAUCUCUGGGAUGGCCAAGCAGGGUGGAGGGCAUGCACAGUUUAUCACAGGACAGGACAGGAUGCAGCCCAAAGUGAUGCAGUCUCUCAGAUUUGCCUUGCAGCCAGCUGUGGUGGACAUCUCAGUCAACUGGAAUGUCCCGAAGGGAGUGUCUGUUACCCCACUGUCUCCACCAAUCAGAGUGGUCUUUCAGGGUCAAAGGGCACUGCUGUAUGCCCAGCUCACUGGGGAGAGCCCAGGGGACACAAAGGGCUCAGUGACAGUGAAGUACAGUCUGGCUGAGAAGCCUGUUGAGAACCAACUGAGCUUCAGUCUUAAACCUGCAGUGGACACUGGACUGACUGUCCACAGGCUGGGGGCUCAAACUCUGAUCCGAUCCCUGGAGAUGGAAGAGAGAGAGAGAGAUGGAGAUGAGAAGAAAGAGGGAGUGAAAGAAAAGGUGGUAGAGCUCAGCGUCCAAUCAGGAGUAAGCAGUGCCUUUACUGCCUUCAUUGCUGUCCACAAAGGAGAUGGAAAGGCUGUACAAGGACCACUGCUUCAUAGACAAGUCCCCACGCCAAUGAUGUAUGGUGGUUCUGCGAUGAUGGCAUGCCACAUGGCUGCUCCCAGGAUGAUGGCAUGCAAAAUGGCAACUCCCAGGAUGAUGGCAUGCAACAUGGCUGCUUCCGUGGUGUUUCAGUCUUGUCCUGAGUCCGUGAUGGAUGUGAAUUACAUAGCUAGCUGUGACAGGAUGGAUGUGGAGUACCUAGCUGAUCAUACAUCCCUAGAAUUUCAGUCUCCAGUCCCACUUCCUACACCUGAAAAGGAGCCUCUCCUCCAGCUGAUCUCCCUUCAAAAGGCCUCUGGUUCCUGGAUUCUGGAGCCAGCGUUGGCUGAGGUCCUGGGAAAGCCUCAGGAAGAUGUGGCCAAGCCAAUGCCAAAGGUGAACCAGGAGGUUUGGGCCACGGUUUUAGCCCUGGUUUGGCUCUAUGGGUUCAAGAUGGAGGCUCAGGAGGAGUGGCAGUUUCUGGCGAUAAAGGCAGUGUCAUGGAUCAAGGCUCAGAAAGUGGCCAAUGUGUCAGAGUGUGUCCUGGCUGGGAACAACCUUCUGGGUUGCCAGGUGCAGAUGGACACCAUGGGCCUUUGAGAGGUUUACCUUGACUGACCCCUCUUUACCCAAUUCCUGCUGCUCUACCAGGGGUCAGAUACACAUGCUACUCUGCUGGCUCUUUGUUGCCUCCUCCAAACAAACAGAUGUACCCCUGACCAAACAUAGUAAAACCUCUUGCCUAUAAUAACCGGAAAGUUUGACUUGUGUGGAAGAUGGAAAAUGUUCACGAUUUAUUACAAUAAAAACUUCUCAGAGUCUGGUAUAACAGUUGAUUAUUUCAAGUUUAAUUACGUGGCACCACGGGAACAACCAUCAUGACAAAAAGAGUACAAGUACAGAGACCAACACAGAAUAAGUCAUGACAGAUUGUUCAGAUUAUGCAUUUCAAGUUUCAAGCUUAUAUUCUCUUCCAACAGUACAGAUGACGGAAUUAGAAUUUGCUCCAGGAGACAGAAAAUCAUAGAAUGUCGGUUUCCCAGACAACCCAGUCAAAGACUGAGAUAUGACAAACUGGAUAGUUACUAUAUGGGGACUUUAGUUAACUAUGGUCAUCCCAAUAAGAAAUAAAGGUCUGUUCACCUGUAGGAUGUAAGUAAUAAUUAAUCCCCUGCUGUUCAAGAGCUUCCUCCUAGAGAACAGUUUCUUAUGGCGGUUUUAUGGCACAGGCAGAGGCCUAUGUCUCUUACUCCUUAAAGUAGCCAAGGCCCUGUUCAGCCAACAUUCCAUUCAUCACUGCCGCUGAACACAAGAUACUGGCCUUAUAACUUGGAGACGGAGAGAGAGACUAGUUUUUAGCAUAUGUGUAAUUGAUCAAACAUACAGAUUACAAAACCCUUCUAUAAAAUAAUGAAUUAAUAUUUUCUGUGACUUCCAUGUUUCUCUUUGUUUGGUUGUUUUUAUAAUUUCAAUGUUACUGUAUUAGCUACAAGAACAGCCACUAUAUAUUUGUUGCAUGACUUGUUUAUUUUAGUAAUUAAUUCCAUGUAGGCUAAUGGAAGCAAUUUGUGCCUUAAUUAUUGAAUAUUGCCAUAUAUAUGAAUCCAUGAAUGUCAAAAUGUAUGCAUGGAAAAGGUUUGGACAAUAUUAUGUAUUGCCAGAUGAAAGCCCAUCCCAGUGCCUACACUCUGUAACACAUGUAACAUUGUGUCUCUGUAUUCAUGUAAUUCUGCAUGUUCUGCCAAUUAAUUUCUAAUAAAGCCUAUACUGCCCUAAGCCA